UUGAUGAAGUAAUGAAAGAUCAUAGUGAGAAACCAGCAAGCUUAUGAGUAUGGCUACUACACAAGAAACUUUGUUAGACAAGCCAAGAAAAUCCCUUCCCAAAACAUUUUGGUUAAUUUUGUCUUUGGUUGCUAUCAUAAGCUCAUCAGCCCUUGUUAUUUCACAUUUGAAUAAACCAAUAUCCUUCUUUCACCUCUCCUCUGCUCCCCAUUUGUGUCAACUUGCAAUUGAUACAAAAUCAUGCUUAACUCAUGUCUCAGAAGUAUCUCAACAUCAAACCUUGCCAAACACAAAAGACCACAAAUUCAAUACUUUAAUAUCCUUGUUAACCAAGUCAACCACACACAUUAAAAAAACCAUGGACAAAGCCAAUGUUAUCAAACGCCGAGUUAACAGUCCUAAAGAGGAACUUGCUUUGAAUGACUGUGAGGAACUAAUGGACUUGUCAAUGGAUAGAGUUUGGAACUCAGUGUUGACACUAACUAAUAAUAACAUUGACUCACAGCAAAAUGCACACACAUGGCUAAGUACUGUGCUUACUAACCAUGUAACUUGCUUGGAUGGAUUAGAAGGUUCAUCUCUGGUUGUUAUGGAAAGUGAUCUUCAUGACUUGAUAUCAAGAGCUAGAAGCUCUCUCGCCGUGCUUGUCGCGGUUUUUCCUUCAAAAGAUAGUGAUGGAUUCAUUGAGGAGAAGUUGAAUGGAGACUUUCCUUCUUGGGUAACAAGUAAGGAUAGGAAACUUUUGGAGUCUUCAAUUGGAGACAUAAAGGCAAAUGUUGUGGUGGCUAAAGAUGGAAGUGGCAAGUUUAAGACUGUGGUUGAAGCUGUUGCAUCUGCACCAGAUAAUGGUAAUACUAGGUAUGUUAUCUAUGUGAAAAAGGGAAUCUACAAAGAGAAUGUAGAAAUUGGAAAGAAAAAGAAGAAUGUCAUGCUUGUAGGUGAUGGUAUGGAUGUAACAACAAUCACAGGCAGCUUGAAUGUCAUUGAUGGAUCAACCACUUUCAAAAGUGCAACUGUCGCUGCUGUUGGGGAUGGGUUUAUAGCUCAGGACAUUGGAUUCCAAAACACAGCAGGCCCAGAGAAGCACCAGGCAGUUGCUCUCCGAGUCGGUGCAGAUCAAUCCGUCAUCAACCGAUGCCGCAUUGACGCGUUUCAAGACACUCUCUAUGCACACUCCAACAGACAAUUUUACCGUGAUUCCUACAUUACCGGUACAGUUGACUUUAUCUUCGGGAACGCAGCUGUUGUAUUCCAGAAGAGCAAACUCGCGGCCCGAAGGCCCAUGAGCAACCAAAAAAACAUGGUCACAGCCCAAGGUAGAGAAGAUCCAAACCAAAACACUGCAACUUCAAUUCAACAAUGUGACGUAAUACCAAGCUCGGACCUCAAGCCCGUGGUGAGCUCGAUCAAAACAUACCUAGGCCGUCCAUGGAAGAAAUAUUCAAGGACUGUUGUUCUACAGUCCUUGAUAGACAACCACAUCGACCCAACUGGUUGGGCCGAAUGGAACGACGCGAGUAAGGACUUUCUACAAACAUUGUACUAUGGAGAAUACUUGAACAAUGGACCAGGUGCCGGUACCAGCAAGAGAGUGAAUUGGCCUGGUUAUCAUGUUAUCACAAGUGCAACAGAGGCUAGUAAGUUUACAGUAAAACAACUCAUCCAAGGUAAUGUUUGGUUGAAGAACACAGGAGUGGCUUUUAUUGAAGGCUUGUAGAUAUGAGCUUCAGCAACUUUGUACUGCUAUGUUUUGCAGGAACUAAAAUACAAAAAACUAUGCUUUAUGGCAGCAUAAUGAGGUUACCGAAAAAACAUUCUUACAUAGGAUGUUUCAAUAAUCUUUUAGUGGUAUUAUUGUAAUGAAUGUGUCAUGUCUGGAAAAUAAAUUUGUCUUACUCUUUACUCGUGCUUCAACCAUCCUAGUUUUAAAUAUUCCAAUAGACAGUUGUCAUCUUA